CGCGAGUGUCGAAAUGAGUUUGGUCAAAUAUUCCGUGCCGCUACUAGUAACGCUUCUUUGCUCGCUAGUCUCAAUUGAGGCGGGCGUAGCGCAAUCGAAAAAUCGUGAAUAUUAUGGACCGAGUACACCAGCUAUAACGGUAACAUACCCUACGCCACCAUCACUAAUUAUAACGCAAGGACCGGAAACGAACACCACAGUUGAGCCAACAUUCAGCAGCAGCACGCUAACCACAGAUGGACCGGUUUUCUCAACAACCACAACACCAAACACUACCACUUCACAGGCGAUACCACCGCCACCGACUAAAACCACACGCCCCACACAACCACCACAUACGCCACCAACACCACCACCACCAACACAGCCACCAACACCACCUACAAAUGGAGGCGUCGUGGUCCGUGGCGACUGUGCCUUCGAUGUGAAUGGCGAUCUCAACGACCCAGCGCCAAUUUUCAUGCCACACAACCAACUUGAAUGGCUUGUGCCCAAUCCGGACGGUGUGGUGGAGUUGGGCAACGGUGCGCUUGUCGAUAUGUAUUGUAAUAAAUCAUUUGUAGCGCCAUUUACCAAUCGCACCAAGGUCACAGCGCAGUGUUUGCAGAAGCAGUAUUUCCUUGUCGAUGGCGUGAUCUAUCCGUUCUCUAACUUUAGCUGCACCGAUUGGCCGGCGUUUACGGCACGUCGCACUGGUCGUGUGUGUAAUGGCGGCACUGAUCUUCUGGAGGUAGGUUUCGAGCUGGAAGCAGGUUUCCUUCAGACAAUGGACAUCUGUCACGAUGAGGUUAAUGAAGUGACACGUUAUGUGCAUCAUGUGCUGAAUCCCUCCAGUGCUGGUUACCAACAUGGUGUUUCGCGUCCGCGCUUCAUAACCGGCGACUUCUAUAACGGUAAAAAUGUAGACAAUCUCUAUACGAAGGUAAAGCAAAAUCAAACCUUCAGCGAAAUACUCGGCAUGGAUGCAACGCCCUACUUCAAUGACACCAUAGACGUGUACUUGGCGCGUGGCCACAUGGCCGCCAAAGUGGACUUCAUUUUUGGCGCACCGCAAAAAGCCACUUUCUACUUUGUAAAUGUUGCGCCGCAAUGGCAGAUGUUCAACGGCCGUAAUUGGGAGCGUAUCGAGGAUGGUGUGCGUCGGUUUGCGAGUGAUCAGGCGCUGACGUUGGACUGCUACACCGGCACUUGGGGUAUCUCGAAACUGCCCGAUGUGAAUGGUGUGCCACAAGAGCUCUACUUGGCAUUCGAUGAGAACAAUAACGGUCUUAUACCGGUGCCAAUGUUAUACUUCCGUGUCGUCAUUGAUCGGGCCUCGCGCAAAGGCAUUGUGUUGUUGGGUGUGAAUAAUCCGCAUGCAACAUUGGAGGAGAUUCAAAGGGACUAUGUGAUUUGCAAAGAUGUAGGUAGACGCAUCACUUGGAUUAGUUGGGAUAAAGAGAACCUCGCGAAUGGUUACUCAUACGCUUGCGCAGUGGAUGAUUUUACAAGUGUCGUGAAGGAUGUGCCAUUGGAGAAUUUGCACACAACCGGUCUGUUGGGUGUGGAAGAGCUGAAAAUAGAAAAUAUACCAAUUUGGCCGGAACUUUGAAAUGAAAUAGCAAUGGAAUCACAUUAAUCAUACAAACACGUGAAACGCAAAGCACAAAUACUUUCAAAUUGCUUCAUGCUUGCAAUGCGCGAUUUCGUUGCGGUGCCAUUGAUUGCCAUAUGCUACGCGUAUAAGUUGA